UCUGAUCUUAGGUCCCACAAGCCACUCUCUCCAGAGAAAGGCCUCAGCCUUCUAGCUCCGUUGCUUAGUCCUGCAGCUCAGGCCACCAUGGCGCUGCGUGUGGCAGCGUUCGACCUUGACGGAGUGCUGGCCCUUCCCUCUCUCGCUGGCGCCCUCCGCCGCACCGAGGAGGCUCUGGCGCUGCCCAGAGGCUUCCUGAUAGAUGCCUUCCAGAAGGAAUACCCAGGGGGGCACAAUGAGCAACUCAUGAGAGGGAAGAUCACUUUCUCCCAGUGGGCACCACUCAUGGAAGAGAGCUGCAGGAAGCGCUCCAGCACCUCCGGAAUCAGCCUACCUGAGGAUUUCUCCAUAAGUCAAAUAUUCAAUCAAGCCAUGGCAGCAAGAAGCAUCAACCGCCCCAUGCUCCAGGCAGCAAUUACUCUCAGAAAGAAAGGAUUCACAACAUGCAUCGUCACCAACAACUGGCUGGACGACAGUGACAAGCGGGGCAGCUUGGCACAGAUGAUGUGUAAUCUGAGCCAGCACUUCGACUUCCUGAUUGAGUCCUGUCAGGUCGGGCUGAUCAAGCCUGAGCCUCAGAUCUACAAGUUUGUACUAGAAACCCUGAAGGCCCAACCCAAUGAGGUUGUUUUCUUAGAUGACUUUGGGAGCAAUCUGAAGCCAGCCCGAGAUAUGGGGAUGGCCACCAUCCUGGUCCGUGACACAGACACUGCUCUGAGAGAACUGGAGAAGGUCACAGGGACACAGUUUCCUGAGGCCCCUCUGCCAGUCCCCUGCAAUCCAAAUGACAUCAGCCACGGGUAUGUAACCGUAAAGCCUGGGAGCCAUCUGCAUUUCGUGGAGAUGGGCUCUGGCCCCACCGUGUGCCUCUGCCAUGGGUUUCCUGAGAGUUGGUUUUCUUGGAGGUACCAGAUCCCUGCUCUGGCCCAGGCGGGCUUCCGGGUUCUGGCUUUAGAUAUGAAAGGCUAUGGCGACUCAUCAUCCCCUCCAGAGAUAGAGGAAUAUGCCAUGGAAGUGUUAUGUAAGGAGAUGGUGUCCUUCCUGGAUAAGCUGGGGAUCCCUCAAGCAGUGUUCAUUGGCCAUGACUGGGCUGGUGUGCUGGUGUGGAACAUGGCUCUCUUCUACCCUGAGAGAGUGAGAGCCGUGGCCAGUCUGAACACUCCGUUCAUGCCACCAAAUCCUAAGGUGCCUCCUAUGGAAGUUAUCAAAUCUAUCCCGGUUUUCAAUUACCAACUGUACUUCCAAGAACCAGGAGUGGCCGAGGCUGAACUGGAAAAGAACAUGAGUCGAACUUUCAAAACCUUCUUCCGAGCAAGCGAUGAGUUGGGUAUGCUUGCUGUGCAUAAAGCCACUGAGAUGGGGGGACUCCUUGUGAACACCCCAGAAAAUCCCAGCCUCAGCAAGAUUACUACUGAGGAGGAAAUCGAGUUUUAUGUCCAGCAGUUCAAGAAGACCAGCUUCAGAGGUCCUCUGAACUGGUAUCGGAACACAGAAAGAAACUGGAAGUGGGGCUGUAAGGGAGUGGAACGGAAGAUCCUGGUCCCAGCCCUGAUGGUCACAGCCGGGAAGGACAUCGUUCUCCGCCCUGAAAUGUCCAAGAACAUGGAAAACUGGAUCCCUAACCUGAAAAGGGGACACAUCGAGGACUGUGGUCACUGGACACAGAUAGAGAAACCUGCUGAGUUGAACGAGAUUCUCAUCAAGUGGCUGGAGACUGAAGUCAAGAAUCCACCAGUGACCUCCAAGAUUUAGCCAGGAGCAUCCUUUGCUAGGGACACAUUUUAGUUUCUGGACAUGGCCUUAUUCAGAAUUAGGAGUGUCCUUCUUUUGCCAGCCAGUGAUUUUCUUUAAAUAAACGUGAUCAGAUGCAAUGCCAUCUUA